AUGAAGUCCAGUGUCGCCUCCAUCGUCCUCACGGCCCUUGCCGGCUCGGCCCUGGCCAUCCCGGGUAUCGUCGACAAGGUGGAAAGGGCCGUCAACGUGGCCCUGUUCAACGCCGAGUCGCUCGCCGCCUCGUCCUCGCCCAAUGCCGUCUCCAUGGAGGAGCUGAAGGCGAGGAAGAUGAUGCAGCACGAGCAGGACCAGAGCGAGGGCGCCUUUGACCUCGACCGCUACGAGGCCCGGCUCGCCGGCACUCCCUGCGUCAACGGCAAGGCCGGCGAGUACAGCUGCAACAACGUCGACCUUAUGGGCUUCUUGCGCCACCAAGACAUGGGAAGCCGCACCCGCGCGGGCAACGACGUCUGGGGUUGGACCUCUGCUACCGGCCGUGAGUUCGGUAUCGUCGGACAGACGGACGGGUCCGCCUUCGUCGAGGUCCUUGCCGAUGGCAGUCUCAAAUAUAUGGGCCGCCUCGACACACAGACCGUCUCGUCGUCAUGGCGCGACAUGAAGGUUAUCGGUGACCACGUCUAUAUCGGCUCCGAGGCCUCCAACCACGGUCUCCAGAUCUUCGACCUCAAGAAACUUCUCACCGUCACCACCCCCACCGUCUUCAGCAUCAGCAGGGACAUGACCGCCCUCUUUAGCGGCUUUGGUAGCUCCCAUAACAUCGUUGCCAACGAGGCUACCAACAUGAUUUACGCUGUUGGAACCUCCCGCUCCGCCAAGUGCCGCGGUGGCCUGUGGAUGGUUGAUGUCUCCAACCCGGCCAGCCCCAAGGACGCCGGCUGUGUCGCCGAGGAUGGCUACGUGCACGACGCGCAGUGCGUCAUUUACAAGGGUCCCAUGACGCAGUACGACGGGCGUGAGAUCUGCUUCAACUACAACGAGGAUUCGCUCACCAUCGUCGACGUCACCGACAGGCAGCGCCCCGUCCAGCUCUCGACGACGCCGUACAACGGCGCGACUUAUACCCACCAGGGCUGGCUGGCGACCGACGAUAUGCGCUACCUGCUGCUGGACGACGAGCUCGACGAGCAGGAGCGCAACGGCCCGGCCGCCGACCAAAAGACCACCACUUAUAUUGUCGACGUGUCGGACCUGACCAAGCCCGUUUUCACCGGCGUGUACAAGAGCCCGGCCAAGGCCAUCGACCACAACCAAUACGUCAUCAACGGCCUUUCCUACCAGAGCAACUACGGUUCCGGCCUACGCAUCGUCGACGUCUCCUCUGUUUCCCAGGAUCCCACUGGCGCCGGCUUCAAGGAGGUUGGUUUCUUCGACGUCCGGCCCGAGGACGAUUCGGUCGGCGGCCGCGCCACUUUCAACGGCGCCUGGUCCGUUUACCCCUACUUCAAGUCUGGACACCUGCUGGUCAACAGCAUCGAGCGUGGUAUCUUUUCGGUCAAGUACAACGGCUGA